UUGCGUUUUCGUGUCACCACUGCUAAUUACGCUAAUUGAAUUAUAUAAGAAGUAGCAAAAUGGAAUUCUGCCGAAGUCUAAUUAAUCGGAUCGUUUUCUUAAUUGCUAUACGGCACAGAGCUCCUUAGCGAAGGACUCGCAUUAACUCCGGUCCGCGCAUGGCCGUCGGGUGCGAUGAAUGGCUCAGCCGGCACGAGCCCUUUCCCUUUUCUCUCGCCUAGGGGGUGGAGUUUACGGCCAAACAGGGCCACGAGGCCUCGAGCACAUGAGGUUUUGGGCCAUCCAGACCGCUGUCGAUGGAAACUUCUCCCUCGACCUGCAACGUUAGGAUUUCUGGAUGUUACACUGCUUUCAUCUUCCUCUGGCGAAAGGAAAAAGUCCCGAACCUGAUAUGAGAAUGUAUUGGAGAGAGCCACCGUCUGGUGUCUCAUCAUAUAUGAUUCUACUCAAAAAACAGAACGUUAUAGAAAUACCUCUAUGUUAGUAAAACUUGACGGCCCAGCUUGCUUUAUUUGCGAAGGGCUUGAAAUAUAUUCGGACACUAAAAGACCAACAGGACUCUCAGUAUUGCAUUUUUCAGUCGAAAUUGUAUCUGGCGGCCACGUGUGUUCCACGAAGUUUCGGCUUCAUGUGCAGUGACUCAUCUAAGUUUAUCAUGAAUCUGACGCUGAAGAUUUGAGCGACUGACGACCAGGCCAUACAUCUGACCUGGCAGAAAUAAGGUUACCAUAAUUUGUAGUUGACACUGUCCGAAUUAUGAGCAGACGGCAGUAUUGGAGUCAACUGUAAUUGUAUCGAAGCUGCCAUCCAAAUAAGAUUAUUAUCAAAACCGCCUAACCAAAAUUAAGCUGGGUAAGAAUAAGACAUACUAAAUUCAGCUGAUCGGGUGACGAGCUCGAGGAAUACGUGAAUAACAUGUGCCGUUAUAGACAACAAGUCGUUAUCUGUGUGUUGCUGACUCUCUUGUGUGCGCCUUUAAGCUGCGUUUUGUCCGCCGGCUCGAGACCUUCAACUGGGUCUCUCGGGAUAAUGGGUAGCUCCAAGACGAACCGCCGUAAAAGUUGGGACCGACGAAAUUACUCGCCUGAGUUCAAGGCGCAGAUGGCGCUGUCGCGAAAUAUCAGCAUUUUACUCGAACAACUUUUGCGAAACUACGAAAACGAUCAGAGACCUUAUCAAGGAGUUCGACCUACCCGCAUCGAAACGAGUAUGUUGAUCCGGAGUAUGGGCCCGGUCUCUGAACUCGACAUGGAGUACUCCAUGGAUUGCUAUUUCCGUCAGGCGUGGAACGACAAUCGGCUACGCUUCUCUGGGCCCAUUUCGCCUAUUUCGUUACAUAUUAAAACACUCGAAAGGAUCUGGAAGCCUGAUACAUACUUUCACAAUGGACGAGGCUCCUAUCUACACACAAUCACCCAGCCUAACAAACUAUUGAGGUUAUCUAUGGACGGAGCUGUUUUAUAUUCAAUGCGAUUAACCAUAAAAGCCAAGUGUCCAAUGGAAUUGCAGAGCUUUCCUAUGGACCGACAGUCGUGCCCGUUGAUCUUCGGAAGCUAUGCUUAUACGAAAGAAGAGAUGUUGUAUACGUGGAAGACGAACGCGGCCGAUCCUUCGUACCGAGCUGUAGGUCUCGUCGAAGGCCUCCAGCUGUCCCAGUUCGACCUCAUUAAUAAUCCAUACGUCAGCGAGACCGUGGUCAUACGCAAUGGCACUUACUCAGUUUUACGGGUCAACUUUAAUCUUCAUCGCCAUAUGGGCUAUUUUUUGAUCCAGGUGUAUGUUCCGUGUGGCCUCCUCGUCAUACUGUCCUGGGUCUCCUUCUGGAUUAAUCGGGAAGCCACCGCUGACCGUGUCGGACUUGGAAUGACCACGGUGCUGACACUUUCGACGUUCGGCCUGGACACACGCACUGACCUUCCAAAGGUACCCUACCCAACAGCGUUGGACUGGUUUGUUAUUAUGUGCUUCACCUACGUUAUCUGCUCUCUCCUAGAAUUUGCUGGAGUCCACUACUUCACCAAGGUGGGAAGUGGGGAGUACUUCCCGGGUGUUCAUACCUAUGAUGAACGCGACCAUAUGAUAAAAACGAUUCAGGAGCUGGAGGAUGAACUCGAAGAUGAGGAGUAUGAAGACGAGGAAGAUGACACGCCCCCACUUGAUGAGUUUGCAAAUUCGGACUACUUUCCUCAAGGAAGCUUCGUGCUCAGCAAGUUGAAUUCGGGAUGCCAAGAUUGUGACAUGAUCCGAGCCCAGAGUGUGCUUGAUAGUACAAUUUGACAGCGCGCAGCAUACGAUGACAUGCCGUUACGGGCCGGUUCGCCGUCAAUGAGCAAUCACGCCUCAGCUAGGGGUUGCGUCGCGAGCUCGUUGCCAACAUUAAUUCAUCGCUGCGUACCGUACGUACCCGCACCGCCGCCGCCACAACGUCGCCGACUGCCCUGUCUACUCGAGUUCCUUAUGUGCAUGAUCAACCACGAAAAAUAUCGUGACGCGCUCAGGCGUAGUGCCCCUAGAGGACAAUUCGUCAAUAGCGUUUCUCAAAUUGACAAGGUCUCCCGGGUACUGUUCCCAGCAAGCUUCUUGCUACUCAAUAUUCUCUAUUGGUUCGGAUACGGACACUAUAAACCAUCAGGCUGGGAGGAUUCGUUUCAACCCCCAGCAGUCGUGGCUGCCCCUACAGGAUACAAUUUUAGUGGCUUUAUUACCUCCGGCGGAACGCCACCCACGCCAGCGCCUUUAUAGGAACGUCGAAAUAACAAGUUGUAUUUCAAUAGGAAAGUUUUAACUGAGAGAACUUGAAUUUACGACUUUAACGUGUUUCCUUCAGUAACAUAAUGUCCAGCUGAGUCUCCUGCAUUGAUACUUGUACUUAGUGGCCUUUUUUAGACGCUAUAGAUCUAGAUCCUGAUCAAUGUACAUUUAUGAAAUCGACAUGAUACGGAAGCUAAGGUAAUUCAAAGCUCUUAAUGUCAUCAUGCAUACAUUAGAUGAUACAGUGUUAAGUGAAGCUUAGAUAAUACUUAAGUAUACCUUUCUGUUAUUGCUUAGAGCGAUCCCGGGUAGUGUGAUUGAGGUAAGAGUUCUGAACGUAGUAAGCAAUCUAUUAAGAAUAUAGCUAUGGUAUAUGAUAAUUUUCGUAUGUAUUAUUAGAAACAAUUCAAGU